ACUAGCGACUGUCUCAAGAAGCUGAUGAAACUGCAGAACACUUGUGUGUUUUGAUCCAUGCUUUCCUAAGUGUUGUGUUGCUUCAAGUUUAAAAACGUUUGCCUUUUCUCUGCUUUUCUUCUGACUUGAGUUUAAAGGAUUGGAACAAUAAAAAGGAAUAAUACAAGCUUUUGCAAGAAACUGUUUAAAUGACUGAAUUAACGAAAGAAGAGAAAGAGAUUCCUCUUAUCAAGUAUGAAUAUUUGGACCACACAGCUGAUGUUCAGCUACAUGCUUGGGGAGAUUCCUUGGAAGAAGCUUUUGAACAAUGUGCUGAGGCAAUGUUUGGUUACAUGACUGAAAUUGACAAAGUUGAGAUUUUGGAAAAGCAAGAAAUUGAAGCCCAGGGAGAAGAUCUACUGUCAUUGCUCUUCCAUCUGCUAGAUGAAUUCCUCUUUCUUUUUAGCGCAGAACCCUUUUUUAUUGCAAGGAAAGUGAAGAUCACUGAGUUUGACCGCAUCAACUUCAAAAUAAUAGCCACUGGUUAUGGAGAAACUUUUGAUUUAAAGAAACACCCUCAAGGAACUGAGGUAAAAGCCAUCACUUAUUCAAACAUGCAAAUCCAUGACACUCCAAAUUUGCAUGCAGUCUAUGUUAUUAUUGAUAUAUGAAUAUAAAUAAUUCUAAAUUUG